CACUUGUGUUUUAUUUACUUUAGAAUAAAAUUAGUUUAGCUUGUUUGGCAUUUUAAUAGCUGCUCCAUUAGAUAUUCAACCGUAACCAUUGAAUAGGUGAUAGUCGUGCUUGGCUACUCAAGAUUCACUUUAGUCCACUGCAAUUGUACACUAUUAAAUUGAAAUUCACUAUAAAGUAAUUCUUCUAUAUGCCAAUGCUUCACUUCAGUCAUCUACAUACAAACACACAUCCAUAUCCACGUCCGUUACAUUGGCGAGGGCAAUGCUUCUGGAGUUUGUGUGCGAGUGUUGAUGAGUGGUUCUUGUGUACUCUGCUCUGCAUUUUCAGCUACAUUUACCAAAUGUAUUGACGUGACAAGAUAGCAAUGAAAUCGACGGAAUUACUGCACAUUAACCGCCAGAAAAUGUAUUUUUCAUUAGAAAUGUUUGAAAACCGGUAAUUUUGGAGUGCCUUUAUACGGUCUUUAAAGCUAUUCAGAUAUUAUAUUUUGAUGUGAAAAAAUUUACGCUCAAUAAGAAAUCAGCGCUUAAAUACUAACACUUUUGUAUAAAAAAAAAUCGGAAAGAAAUAAAAAAUGUGUGACAUUGCGAUCAUUAGUGGGCCUUGAAUGCCAAAAAGCAUAUUUGGGAAAUACUACUCAAGUUGGUGGCACCUGCACUUACGUGAUGCAUUCACCCAUACAUACUUAAUUUUACAACCAAAGUCUAACGGCUAAUUGUAUUACAUAAAAAUGGGCGUGGUAGGUAUGCGCGUGUUUAAAAAUUAUUGUUGGUGCAUUUGAUAAAGAACAGAAAAACGUUCUAUAAAGUUGCUUUCGAUUAGAUCAGAUUUAAAUCAGGUCCUAAACCAGGAUAGAGAGGGAGCGAUUUUUGAAAAAUAUCGAUCCCACCUUGAAGGUUAGAUUCUUAUAAAUAUUUGGAACUAGCAAAAAUCCAGUUCACUUGGUGGAGAAAAUAAUUUUGAUUUAUUAGGUAACUCAUUUGUGCGGCCGCCUAAGCUGAAUGAUUAGUGCCUGAUUAUCAUCAGCAAAAUGAUAGAAAAGGUAUUUUCUAAUAGCGGUUACCCUUCGGGAGGCGAUGCCAAACCUCGGAGUGUAUUUCUGCCAAGAGCUUCUCAUAAAAAAUCACCUGCCGUUCGUCGUCGGCUUACAGCUGCGAAUUCAUCUAAGGCGAAGUAUGGCGCAGAAGCUUGGACGGUGACAACAUCCGAUGAGGCGUCAUUGGAGUGUUUGAGAGAAAGAUUCUACCGAAGAUCUUUUGAACCUUUACAUGUUAGCGACGGCGAGUAUCGUAGGCGAUGGAACAAUGAGCUGUAUGAAUUUUCGACGGCAUAGACAUAGCGCAGCGAAUAAAGAUCCAGCGGCUUCGUUGGCUGGGUCAUGUCGAACGAAUGCAUACAAACGUUCCGGUUCUGAAAGUAUUCGAUGUGGUGCCAGCUGGUGGUAGCAGAGGAAGACGAAAGAAACGAGUUGGAAACCUAUUUCCAUUAAUUUUGCGACCACAAAUACUGAGGCGGGAGCUGAUGCCUUGUCGUGAUAGAAGACGAAUACCAAAUGCAAGGAAAUACACCGAUCUGGCGGAAACUUGGUAUGUGUUCUUCCAAUAGAUGUUACUAACUAAACAUCACCAACCACCCACCAACCUAGAUAUUCAGCUGCAGGGGCCGCCGCGUGUGUAUAAUUACUCCUUAUUUUAUUAAAUCUGACCGCCUACAGAACUUUUUCCACCUAGAACCAAAUGUUAUUAUCAAAAUUCUUGAACAAUUUCUGCUCUCGAAAACUACGUCCUACCGCUAACGAUUACGAAACCAAUGUCGGUCGCGCGACAUUAUUAAACCGUUACUACCAGUGGUUUUACUACAAUAUUGCUUAAAAACCCACUCACUAUUAACACUAAAAGCUGACAGGGAAAUUAAAUUAGUUAGCAUAAAUUAAUUUUGGUAGACAAAAGUCACAUUUCUAGGCCAGUGCUAAGUAUACACACACAUUAGGGUGCCUCCUUUGCGGGUUUUUUAUCGGAGUUAUAAAUUUUAGACUUUAAAGACUUCCGCUAAAAUAUUUCGAAAACAUAUUGAGAUUGAUGUAAGCUUUACUGAUUACAAAUAACUCAAAAAAUUAUUUUUUUAUAAAUAAAAUUAGUUAAACAAAAAUUUUUUUUGCAAGAAAUCACUUCAAAUAAUGAAAAAGUUUAAGCUUAGAAGUUCUGCAUACAAAAGAUGAAAAAUUUUAUCAAGACAAUCAAAAUAAUGCGAAUUAUGGCGGUACUUUCAGCGGUUCAGCUCACUUAGGUGCUAAUAUUUUUCCAGAAUAUUUGGCCGGAAGUCUUAAAAUACAGGGUUGUCCAUAUUUGACGACGGCAACCCUGUAUCUUUUGACAGAGACGUCAGAUCGGUUAAUGACAUACCGCGUUGGAAGCAUCAGUCCAAGCAAAUUUUUACCAUGGAAAAGUACACGCCACGCGAGCGCUCAAAUUGUUGAAAUUUACAUUCAACAAAAGAAGUCAAUUGUGAAAACUCAACGUGCGUAUAAAAAAUUAAAUAAUGUGAAAAGUGCGCCUUCUAAGAACACCAUUAAACAUUUGUACGAAAGGUUUUCGACUGGUGAUGCUCUUUCUAAUCCAAGGAGGCCAAAUCAAAACCGAUCAAGGCGAUCGGAUGAGAAUAUUGCUCUUGUACGGGGCAGUGUUGAGACGUCGCCGCUGUUCUCAGCAGUUGGGCAUUGCAAGCAAAAUUGCCGCAUUUACGCCACUGAAAAUCCUGACGAAAUUCAAGAGGUACCUCUUUACGACGAAAAAGUCACUGUUUGGUGCGGCGUUAGUGCGAAAACGAUUAUUGGGCUGUUUUUCUUCGAAAAUGAAGAUGGUCAAGCUGUUACCGUCAAUCAGGAGCGUUAUCGCGAUAUGAUAACCACUUUUGUGAUGCCAAUUAUUCGUCGAAAGCGUAUGAGGCAGUUCUGGUUUCAACAAGACGGCGCGCCACCUCACACAGCUCGCACCACAAUCGAUUUUUUGAAGAAAUUGUUUCCUCGUCGUUUGAUGUCGAAAAAUGGCGAUUUUGACUGGCCACCGCGUUGCCCGAUUUAACGCCACCUGACUUCUUCUUGUGGGGAUAUUUAAAAUCAAAGGUUUAUAUUAAUAAGCCAAAGACCAUAGAAGAGCUCAAGAACAAUAUCCGUGAGUAAAUAGCCACUAUUCCAGCCGAAAUGUUAGCUAAAACUAUGGAAAAUGCUGCAAAAUGGGCACAAUACGCCGUAUAGGCUCAAGGGGGCCAUUUGAGAGAUAUCCUAUUCAAAAAGUGAUGUCAACAAACCAAAUAAAAAGAUUAUU